AUAUACACUUAUAAACGAGCAAAAUGAUAGAAGUACGAUAUUAGCAGUAUCAAGAUAGUGAUGUGUAUGAUUAAAAUACGUCAGCUAAUAAUCUCUCAUUUGAAUAAAUAUUCUAAUGGAUUAUAUUUCAUGUGAAUACAUAUUUAAAGAAUUAGAAGCCGAUAGUGGAAUUGAUUAAAAUUAUAAUAAUUAAAAUAAUUCAUAUAUUGUUUUACAUAACCAAUAAAGAGUUUACUUAUAUUGCUGUGUAAUUAUAUCAAUAAUAGGAGUGACUCGAAAAAGAAUUUCUUCUGAUUUCUUUGCAUUUUCAUCUUUGUGAUAUAAAUUAAUCGUGACAAUGUAAUAAUGGCUGAUUUAUUUGAUAUAGCGAAUAUAAUUACAAGCGUAGGCGUUGGUGCCGUCAAAAUUAAAUCGGAACCGGGCUUGCCGGAAAAAUCAUCGAAUGAAAUUUUGACAGAACUUUUCAGUACCUUCGAUGCAGACGAGGGAAUAGUAUCACCAGAGAAUAGUGAUCAACAAGUUCCAGAUGCAAUUGUUAAAGCGGAGAAAAAGGAAAAAACACAAAUGGAGAAAAGAAAAAAAAAGAGUAAGAAAAAGCAUAAACAUAAGGAAAAAAAGCAUAAAAAAAGAUCUAAACACAGUUCUUCGGACAGUAAUAAUAGUGAUGUAGAAAGUACUGUUAGUAAGAAAAAGAAGAAACAUAGGAAAAAGUCUAAGCGCAAGCAUGAAUCACAUUCAAGCAAAUCAUCAGAAUCUGAUGAACCUAAACCCAAAAUUGCAAAGGUUGAUACUAAUAUUUCCCUUACCGAAGAAGAAAAUAUCAGAGUUGAUGUCUCAGAUAAAGAGCAUAUUAAUGAUGUACAAUUGAGAGAAGUAGGAUUGAUAAAGGAAGAGACUGUAUCUACAAACGUAUGUACAAUCCAUGAUAAAGAAGAUAGAGAUUUUGAAAGUCCUAAAUUACCACCUAUUCCAAAAAAAAUAGAUGACGAAUUUGAAGAAUCGGUAUUACCAAAAAUUCUUGAUAAACCAAAACAGUCUGUGCAAGGAAAAAUCAUUAUAAAGGAUCUUAAAAAUAGUAUUGUUUAUAAUGAAACUGUAAAGGAAAUAGAGAAUAAGGAAAAGGCAAAAGCUGCGCGUAUGGAGGAUGGUGAAUUAACAGACAGCAGUAAUAAUAAUAGAACACCAACAUUAAGUCCUACACCACCACCGUGUAAUUCAUUUAGAUCUCCCACAUUGAGUCCUGAUGAUACGCUUAAAUCUGAAUUGUCAGGUCCCUUGAAAUCUAGGAAUGAUCUUAGAUUAAUUUUAAGGGAAAAAGAAAAGAAAAGACUGGAAGUAACAGGGAAAUCAAGAAAUUACAGUGAUAAGGAUCGCAAGGAUAUGAAAAUAUAUAAUAAAGUUAAAAACAAAAAUAGCAAACGUAGUCGAAGUUGCCAUUCACAAGAAAGAAAUAGAUCAGAUUCUCAAACACGUUCCCAUCGUAGUAGGAGUAGAGACAGAGAUAAACAUUCUGAUAGAAAUAAGGAAAGACGUGAUAGAGAUAGAAGCUUUGAACGACGAGAUUUAGGAAGAAGUAGGGAAAGGAAGAGGCACAAAAGUCGUAGUAGAGACAGGAGUAGGGAGAAGUAUAUACGGGGACGAAGUAGGAGCAAAGAAAGAAAAGAGCGUAUCGAAAUUGACAAAAAAAAGCUUCUGGAUGAACUUACAGAUUUUUGUAAAUCAUUGUCAAAAUCUGAAGCAUUAGGAGAAUUAUCUAAUCUCUCUUCUGAAGAAGAUGGAAGCGAGUCUGAAAAAGGUUUUCAUCAUCCAUUUCUUCUCAAAGAAAGGCCAAGUCCUAUCGUUAUGAAUAUCCGAAAUGCAAAGCAAUUGCCAACAAAAACGUUUCAAGAAAAGACAGCCGAAUCUUCGAAUCAAUUGCGUCUACAGUUUCCUGUAUCUAGUGGUCAGCAUCAUAGAAAAACUGAAAGCGAAUGGAUCCCUGUGACACCAAAAAAACCAGAACAAAAGAAACCAUUUGUACCAGCAUCUGUAUCAACUGAACCAAUAGUGCCUAAGCCAUGUUCCGUACAAUCAAUACAAUCUAUACAGCCAGUAGUUUUUCCACGAACAUCUAUGGCAGGAUCAGUUGACAUUGGAUCCAUAGUGUCACAGAGAUUAGCUGCAAUGAGAAAGCUGAGAGAAAAUCCGAACGAUGUUGGUGCUUUAAAUGAAAUGUAUAGAGCACAAAAUGAGAUGAGGACCUGGGCAGAAAGUAAACAAAUGCCAGGCCAGUUUACUGGUAGUACAGGUGCCAAAGUGCUCUCACCUGCUGAGCUUACCUCAGGUUAUCAAGCAUGGGCUCAUAAGGAUCAAUUAGUGUCUGCACAACCUGUAUCUGGUGGUAUGGGAAUGGCUUUAUUACAAAAGAUGGGAUGGCGACCAGGUGAGGGUUUGGGUAAAAAUAAGGAAGGUACAUUGGAACCAUUACAGCUAGAAGUGAAAUUAGAUAAAAGGGGUCUUAUUUCGGAACAAGACAUUGGACAAAAGACAAAUAAAACGGCAAAACCGGUAGUACCGGCUAUUAAAACGUUAGAAGGAAAGCAUCCAGUAUCACUACUUGGAGAGUAUUGUUCAAAAAGAAAACUUGGUGCUCCUGUCUACGAAUUAUGCUUCGAGUGUGGGCCAGAUCAUAGAAAAAACUUUCUCUUUAAAGUAAAAGUAAAUGGUAUUGAAUAUAAACCAAGCGUUGCUAGUCCUAACAAGAAGCAAGCUAAAGCAGAAGCUGCACAAAUAUGUUUACAAACUUUGGGUUUGUUAUCUUCUUAGAUUAUUUUCAUUCGAUAUUGCACAUUGUAUAAAUUAUUUAAUCUAAUGUAAACUUACAUUAAACUAUACAAUUUAUUCAAU